AUGGCAGCACAGCAAAUGAACUGUCCUUCCUAUCCAAUAGGAUUCAUUGGUGCAUGCGGACUUGUAACUCUUUCUGGUCCAAUGCUCGACUGGGCAGCAUGGAAGCACCUCUCCUGCCUCCCUACCCUUCUCAAAUUGAAAAUUGAUCAAGGAUGUAUUGACCCUCCUUCGCUGCCAACACAAGAUAUCGUAAAUCUAUCAUUUCUUAACAUCACAAGCCUUUCCUUUCGACAGCUGUUCGAUGCUGCAGACUUCAUCACAGUCAUGCAACAUUCGCAAUUUCCCUCACUGAAAGAGUUCGAGUUUGAAGCCCACUUUCUGUCUUCAGAAGAGGCUGAGCAACUCUUUCAUGCUCUGUCCAGCUGCAAUGCGUAUCGGACUCUAGAAGAAAUCACCAUUAUUUCCUAUGAUAACGAUAUCAUAGGACCCGAAUACGACGAGUUUUUGACACCAAUUCCGCAUCUCCUUUGCUUUACACAGCUCCAAACCCUGAAGCUCAUAUCUGAGACAUUCCACAUCUACCUGGACAAUGACAUGCUCUUGCAAGCUAUGUCUAGUUGGCCGCACAUCCGCACUCUAGAAAUCGAAGAAUUUGAUCCUCCUUCCGAAGUCACCCUCCGUGGUUUAUUCACAGCGCUCGGUCCAUGUCCACAAUUGCAUACACUACAAGUUCCAAUCAAGAUUGCAACUAUCGACAUCGAUCCUGAUACCGAGCCAAUACAACAUACCUCCCUACGAUCAUUGGAUUUGGAGAAAUCCAAGCUUCAAAUAGCAGAUGCUGAAAGUCUUGCUUGCAUCAUUUCCACCUGGCUCCCUUGUGUUGACCAAUCAUCCGUAACGCCUAGAGGAGCCCCAGCUCUCUCCACAGGAGCCCCAGCUCUCCCUAUGGUAGCCCCCGCUCUGCUAGAGCCUAGACGCGGCGGUACACCACCUGCACUUAGAAAGACAGCGGUUUGGUCCGCUGUGACACCGCCUCCCAGACCCCCUGGUCCCGCCCCUGGCGCUGUGACCCUGCCCCUGGCCUAG